AUGACCGACUCCCAUGACGGCGAAGGCGAAGCCGUCAAAGGGGACACAUUCCCACCCCCAGCCUCAGGCUCAGGCCCAUCGCCGCCGCGCAGCAACAAACUCACUUUCCCCGAAGAAAUCACCGCCAGAGUGAUCAGCUACAUCGUGAGGGACGGAUUGCGCAUCUCGACCGACGCGCGCUACGACAUCGACGUGGCGACGAUCCACUGUCUCAUGAGGACGAGCGUGUCGGUCAGACGCGAAACCCUGCGCCAGGUGUUCCGCCAGCCGCUGCGCUUCUGGCUCAGCGGCGUCAAGUCGUGCGAUUGCAAGCCACCACUAGAAAGCAUCAGGCACAAGGAGUGUCGCUGCACGCUGCUCCGGGAGAAGAUGGCGUGGAUGCCGCUGAAUAGGUGGCGCAGGGUCGUGGUGCAUUUCGUCCCGGUGUCCGCGUGGGGGUUGGGUGAUGGGGUUGCCACCCUCCGAGGGGAUUCACAACAGACUGAUGAUGAUGAUGAUGAUGAUGAUGAUGAUGAUGAUGAUGAUGAUGAUGAUGAUGGAGGAGGAGCGGGGGAAGAAGAAGGCGGAGGAGGAGGAGGAGAGAAAGAAGCAAGAGAAAAAGAGGUAUUAGCUCGCAGCGAGUUCCUCGACGGCGCGCAACGCGUCAAGCACUACUCCCGAAGUCUAGCGACGACGCUCUACUUUGUGUUCAAACAGUGGGCCAGGCUGGACUGCGACGCCGCGUGUGGCGGAGCCAUCGAGAUGACGCGCCGCCGCUACUACGGUCCGCUCGACUGCUCGUACGACCCCAAACUGCCCGCCCUGCCAUUCGACGUCGACUUUGUGUUCGAACCGGGUCCUGCCACCGCUAGCGGCGACGUCAGCGGCAACAGCGGCGGCGCGAGAGAGGUCGAUCCACCACAAAUUCCCCUGUGGACGAUGAACAUGGUCGAAAGCCUGCUGAUGCCGUGGUGGCGGAUCACGACCAAACGGGCUCCCGCGCGCCAGAUCCAGCUACCCGACUCGAUCGCCGCGGCCUUCACCACGGCGUGGGACCGCCUCAUCGCGGCCGACUUCCCGCACGAACCGGCCGCGGUGGCCGAGCGUCUGCGGCGCGACUUUGCCGACUUUUGGUCCUUCAAGCUCGAACCGGUGCCCCUCUUCGACGCGGACAGCCUGUGGCUUUGCGUCGUCGCCGUCGACGACUCCCGCGACUGGUACCUGGACGAGGCGCCGCUGACGACGACGCCCACGAAUUGGACCAUUUGCGGCGUUCCUGUGCUGCGGAUCGAUGUGGUCGCGGGGUCCGGAUCAGAAGAGGGUGUGGACAAGGGCUCUGCCGGCGACGACGGCGGGUCGUGGACGGGACAGUUCCUGGCUUCUGAUGUCUAA